GGCGGAGCUUACUGACAACCAGCCGUCUGGUUUCCUAGGAAACAAAAUCUUGGCUAGAAAUAGUGAAUCAUUUCCAGGUCACUUUCAACAUGGAGAGUGGAGCCGGGAAGCAUUGGACUGAGGAGGAGGUUAAAGCCUUGUUAAGCGUCUGGUCAGAAAAAAAUAUCAGAAAGCAACUGCACGGCACCCUGAGGAAUAAAGGAAUAUUUAUCUACAUUGCUAAAAGGUUACAGGAGUUGGGAGUGUGCAGGGACUGGAAACAGUGCCGUGCAAAGUACAAAAACCUGAAGUAUGAAUACAGAACGGUUAAAUAUGCCCACAACUCUGGGGAUGUCACUAAAACCAUGAAGUUUUUCCAUGAUCUGGAUGCCAUAUUGCGAUAUGAGCCUGUCACACAAUUAGCAGCAGAAGAGAACGGCAGGUGUUCUGCGACUGAGACGCAGCUGAACACAAGCCCCACAACAGACAGCGCGCAAGGUGAACUAUCAGUUUCUUUAGAAGAUGAUGAGGACUCUCCAGGAGAUCCACUACUCUUUAUGUCUCAUGUCAGACCAGUUCAACUAGGUAAUCCAGCAUCAGCAGUAGAGGCUUCCAAACCACUGGCUUUUAUUCCAACAGUAGCAAAUGAAGGAGGAAAACACUGGACUGUUAAUGAAGUCAGAGCUUUGAUACACAUAUGGUCAGACAAAAAUAUCCAGCAACAACUGGAGGGGACAGUGAGAAAUAAAAGAAUAUUUGAGCAGGUUGCUGCCAGACUUCAAAAGUUUGGAAUUGACAGGGACUGGAAGCAGUGCAGGACAAAAUAUAAAAAUCUGAAACAUGAAUACAAGAGUGUAAAAAGUGCCCAAGACUCAGGGAGUACAAGUAAAGGUAUGAGAUUUUUUAAUGAACUGGAUGCUAUUCUGGGGCACUGCACCAUGGAACAAGCGAGCAAAUCAGAUAAUGAUGAAAGUGAGAGGCCUCCAGAAUGGACAGAAGCAAAAUCAGGAAAGGACUCCAUUGAAAUGCCUGGAGACACAGGUGAAGAGGACUCUGUUAGCAAUAUAUCUGAAGACCUACAGGUUGCAGAUAUAAAAAAAGUUUCUGAUUCAGGUGAUGUUACUGUAAACACUACUUCAGAGAAUCGGGCAGCUCCUCAUAUAAUGAAAGAAACAGCUAUGACAAAAAUCCUUGAGGAUGAGGGGGACUUUGCCAACUCCACCCCGGCAGCUCUGGAAGCCACACAAAUAAAGAAGGAGACAAUUGACAUAGAUGAUGAUUCUAUAAGCACUACCUCAGAAGACAGAUCUUGUACGCCAGUAGCAAAACAGAUGGUCGAAACAGACAAUCACAUUCACUUGGAAGAAGCACAAAAUCACUUUAAAGUUAUUACAGUUAAUGACACUGGAGCAGGAAAGCACUGGAGUGAUAAUGAAGUGAGAGCUCUGAUAAACAUAUGGUCAGAUGAAAAGAUACAACAAAUGCUUGAAGGCGCCACAAGAAAUAAAGAAAUCUUUGAGGAAAUUGCCAGAAGGUUAAUGAAACGUGGUAUAGACAGAGACUGGAAACAAUGUCGCACAAAGUACAAGAACCUAAAAUACGAAUACCGUGCACUGCAGAAAGAAAAUGAGCAUCUUGGAAAUCCCAGGAGAAAAAUGAGAUUUUACGAUGAAGUUGACUGUAUCUUAAGAAGACAGCCUCUGGGUCCCUCAAGCUGGGGAUGUGAAAGUUCAAGUGUCCUAUCAGUGGGAGAUGUUACAGCAAACACAGGAUCCUUGAGUAUCAAGAGAAAAACAUGUAAUGAUGAGGUGUCAACUGUUCCACUCAAGAAAAGUGCCUCUGAAAACACCAUACUCCACUUCCAAAAGCUAUUAACAGAGAGAGCGAACACAGUAACAGAAGGCAAAAAGUUGCUGUUAGAAAGGCUUUGUAAGCAGGAAGAAAUGCAAGACCUCAACAGAACACAGCUCUAUGCUGAUCCAUCAGCCAUAAAACAGGUUGGUUUAAUGAACUUUCUAUGA